AGUUGUCAACGCUUCGUUGUGGAUAUUAUUUGAGUAAUAAAAAGUUGAAUUUAAAUCAUGUUUUUAAAACAUUAUAUAUCAUGAAGACUGCGUUUUAUCCAGUAAUGCGAGCAGGAAGAUUGGAAUACGCUAAAUUAAAAGGACAAGCAGUUAUUUUAAAGAGUGGCGCGGAAUGCAGCUGCAAUUAUGAUAACGCAAUGCAUUCUGUAAGGCAUGGUGAUUGUUGUAGGAAGUGUCCAGUUUUUUUCUCUCUCUCAAGCCGGGCUAUUCAAAUCUGCAAAUCAAAGUAAACAAUCAUCCCUACACUUAAUGCAAAUAGACGGGUGACACACCCGAGUGCAAGACGAUCAUUUGAAUACAUCAGGCUAUACAUCUUGUAUAAUUUGGGAUCUGCAGAAUAUGGCGUCCUGUCCUUAUAAAAAUAAGACAGGCUGCCAUUUUUGUUUUCCUUUUGUCUGAAUUUUUUAAUAAACUGUCUGAGAAUGUGGGAGAGGCUGUGAGGAGAGCCGAUGGGAGGAUUGUAUGUGUUUGGCGCUCCACGAUGCUUGAUUUAAGAUGCUGCCGAGUGUUGAAUGGCUGAACCUCGCUUUAACAACCCCUAUUUUUGGCCUCCACCUCCUUCUAUGACUGGCCAGCUGGAUAACCUAGUCUUGAUCAAUAAAAUCAAGGAGCAGCUGAUGACGGAGAAGAUCAGGGCCCAACACCUGCCGCCCGCCGCCGUCCCCUCCCAGCAGCCCUUGCUGGUGCAGACGGACGGCGGCCAGCACGGGAUGUCCAUUCCUAAAGCCCAGCAGAUGCCGGGGCUCCACCCCCACAGCCCUUCCCCACCAGACAUUGCCCUGCACGCCCGCCCCGCCUCCAGCUCCGUCUCAGGCAGAAUCCUGGGAGACGUAAACUUAAAUCUGGAUGACAAGGCCGCUAUCAAAGCCAGAGGAUUGUGGGAAGACUGGCAUUUGCGUCAAAUCAUUGAACAACCUUCUAGAACAAACCACCUAUCAGGCGUAGCGUUGGCAUCCAGAACGGGCAACCUCAAUGCCUCUGAUGUCAUCACGCCCACCACGCCCACCUCCAGCAGCCAGAGCCGGAUGGGCGGCUCCUCCUCGCCUCACCUCAACUCGGGGUUGGCCGGUUGCCAUGGCAUGGAGCCCAUCAAAACCAACGGGGGCCUGGCAGGGCUUCUCGGACCCCCACCCAAGAUGGAAAGAGGCCGUAAAAAGAUCAAGGCGGAGAACGGGAACUCUCCACUUCUGGUGGUGCCCUAUCCUCUACUGGCCUCUGGAAACGACCAGUGUGUCUCCUUCACAGCCAAAGAGGGCAAGACCUACAGGUGUAAAGUUUGUCCGUUGACCUUCUUCUGCAAGUCCGACAUGCAGAUGCACUCCAAGACCCACACGGAGGCCAAGGCACACAAGUGUCCCCAUUGUACCAAGUCCUUCGCCAACGCCUCCUACCUUGCACAGCACCUGCGCAUCCACUUAGGGGUCAAGCCCUACCACUGCUCCUACUGCGAGAAGUGUUUCCGCCAGCUCUCUCACCUGCAGCAGCACACCAGAAUCCACACUGGUGAUCGGCCCUAUAAGUGUCUUCAUCCAGGGUGCGACAAAGCAUUCACUCAGCUCUCCAAUCUACAGUCUCACCAGAGGCAACACAAUAAAGACAAGCCCUUCAAGUGUUCCAAUUGUUUCCGUGCCUACUCUGACGCUGCGUCCCUCCAGAUCCACCUGUCUGUACACGCCAUCAAAAAUGCAAAGGCCUACUGCUGCAGCAUGUGUGGCAGAGCAUACACCUCUGAGACCUACCUAAUGAAGCACAUGUCCAAGCACACGGUGGUGGAGCACCUGGUGAACCAGCAGCACUCCCCACAGCAGAGGACCGAGUCCCCCGUCAUCCCCAUCCGCAUCUCCCUCAUCUGAGACGCAUCCCCUCCCUGCCUCUCUCACUCUCUCUGGCACUAUCCCUCUAUGACUGUCUGUCUCUCUGUCUGUCUGUCUGUCUGUCUGUCUGUCUGUCUGUCUGUCUGUCUGUUGCUCUCUGUGUCUGUCUGUCUGUCUGUUGCUCUC